CCACCACCUGCGGGCCGCGCAGCCGCCGCCAUGUUCCCCUUCUCCACCGCGCCGACGUCGGCCAUCGACCCGUCGUCCUACUCCGUGCUCGGCCUCACGCACGUGCAGUACGACGGCCGCGACCCGCUCGCGCGCGUGUUGGCGCUCGUCACGCUCUCGCCCAUCUUCCUGCUUUGCGCAUACACGACAAUCAUCCUCUACCGCCGCGAGCUGACGUUUGUCAAUGCGCUCCUCGGCCAGCUGCUGUGCGAGGGCAUCAACUGGGGGCUCAAGCGCACGAUUCGGCAGGGGCGCCCAACAGACCACCUCGGCUCCGGCUACGGCAUGCCCUCGUCGCACGCGCAGUUCGUCGGCUUCUUCGCCGCCUUCUUCCUCGCGCACUUCUCGCUGCACCAUCCGCGUGCGGCGCGCCCGCGCACGCUCGUCAACACGAUGCGCAUCGCUGAGCACGCGCUGCUCAUGCUGCUCAUUGCGCUGGGCGCAGCGCUGACGGCAUACAGCCGGUACCACCUCUCGUACCACACGCCCGCGCAGAUCUGGGUAGGCCUGACGCUCGGCGUCGCGCUCGGGCUUGGCUGGUACUACGUCGCCGAGCACAUGCCGCGUCAGCCGCUGCGCCUGCCGGCGCCGCUCGCCUCGCCCGCCUCGCGACGUGCGCCGUCGCUGCCGUUGCGUGGCAAAUCCUCCGCAGUCGGCAGCGGCGAUAGCAUCCGCAAGCGCGGCACGUCGAGCGCCGAAGACAAGGCACCGCGCGGCCCGACGCACCGGCGACGAUCCAGCCUGUCGGCGCUCAUUCCCGAGCUGCAUCCCGCGCCGCCGCUCCGGCAGCUCAUACUGGACCACCCGCUGGCCGUGGCCUUCCGGCUGCGCGACAGCUGGAGCGUGUGGCGCGACGGCGGCAUCGAGCAGGAGUACGGACGCUGGCGCGAUGAAUGGGAGCGGCGGCGCCGCGACUGGCGCGAUGCGCACAGCGACUCGGCUGUAGAGGACGAUACACCGCGCAUCGCGCCGCCGCGGAGGAGGCGCGAAAAGGCAGACUCGAAGCGGCAUUACCGGCACAUCCUCACCACGCUCGCGCUCGCCGACAAGUGCGUGCCAAACCAGACGGCCUUUUGCGUCGGCUGCGUCAUCUCGUUCUCGGCCUCGGGCAAAGAGAGCGCCGCGCUGGCGACGGGCUACUCGCGCGAGCUGCCGGGCAACACGCAUGCCGAGGAGAGCGCGCUGGCCAAGCUCGACUCGGACACGUCGCUACCAGCAGGCGCAGAGCUCGACCUCUACACCAGCAUGGAGCCGUGCUCCGUGCGCAGCUCCGGCAACGUGCCGUGCGUGCAGCGCAUCCUCGCCUUCAACGCAAGGCAGGGAGAUAAGGGCGCACGCAUCGUGCGCGUGUUCAUGGGCGUGCGCGAGCCGCCAGACUUUGUGGCGUGCGCGGGCGUCGAGGAGCUGCGAAGGGAGGGCGUAGAGGUGCACUCCGUCGUGGCACCGGCGACGGACGGGCUCAAGGACGGCUGGCUGGAGAGGGAAGCACUGCGGAUCGCCAAGAAGAGCCACGACGACCAGCCGCAGAGCGAAGGCGCCGAGCGCAUGUGGCGCAGCCUGGCGUAGCGCGAUACACAAGUCAUUAUGCACGAAUUGGGAAUGCAGAGCGACGGGCGCUCGGUUCGGUCCUAUAGCUACAGCAGCAGAUGACGUGGAGAGAGAAAGAGAUGCGCCGGGCAUGCAGGCGCUCAGGUGUGGCAGAGGACGGGAGCUGGAAACUGGAGCGAGGGCACGGGACCACUGGCGAAAGGCGCCGCCGUGUCUGCUCAUUCAUCGAAAGUCGCCGCCCGCAAUCGAGCCGAGCGUCGGGUUCGCCGGGCGCGAGGCGUCCGUGCCGCCCUGCGCCUCGGCGCCAGACGUGGCAGACGCGCCAUUGACGAC